GGAAAAAUGGUUAACUUACAAAAUCAAAGGCCCAUUUAGAAAGUUAACUACUCUAUCGUAGGAAAAAUAGAAAAACAGUUUGAUUAAUGUUCAUAAAAAAGUACUGAUUGAAAUGGAAAUAGUUUUCGAUGCUCAAUGUUCACCACCAACCAUCUUUUCUGCGAGUUCCACACCACUAUAUACUAUUAAAAUCAUUUCCAAAGUGAUCAAGAUGUUAUCAAUCGUGAGAUCGAUAGAAUCAAGGUGGUUUUCUUGAUUUUUCGUUGUGAAAGCUGUACCGGUUCGAUCCUCAGUUUCGGAUUAACAAAUUGUCAUAUGGGAUAAAAAUCAUAACUUUACAGGAACAUUUACUAAAACAGUUGAUCCAUCCUCACACACUCUGUCUCUAUCUUAUUUCUACAGAGAGUGAAACCAUGGCUUUCAACUUUCAGCGCAACGUCUUCACCGUUGGCUCCUCCGUUCAAACAGAUUGUCAUCUCCCAUUUGGAAGCAAAGGUCGUCAUUUAGUUGGUGUUCCUCUUGCUCCUGGUGAUAGUGAGUGCGUGGAAUACUUCAAGGAGACGAAAGCUCGGGAUUGGACUGUGGUGAGGCGAGCUGAGGUUUGGCGGUGCAUCCCGUUUAUUGACUCAGCUUGUUGGAGAAAAAUGGAUUUGAGCGAGAUUCCGAGUUUGGUUGAUCGUUUUGCUGGAGGUAUUGAUGAUGCUGUUGUUGAGUCUUGUCAGUGUGCCGCCGGUGUGGAGCCUUCGGCAUCUGCUCGUAGUAUUGUUGUGGGUCUUACGAGUACAACAAUUCUUAUACCGUUCGCUGGUGUUUCUGGUAAGGAAGUUGUUGUUGCGGGCGGUGGGAGUGUUGUGGCGAAAAGGGCUGCCGCUGGUCGUUCACCAAAAGACGGUGCCGCCUUCGAAAUCUCGCAAAAUUGUGUGCUCUGAUGUUGAGCUGCCUUUUGUGGUUGAUUCUCCUGCUGUGGAGAAGGCAUCUUUUGAGCCGUUUGAUCAUUCGUUCAAUGGUUUGGCUUCGAGAUGUGGUGAUCUUUUAUUGUUGUUUCAAUCACCUGGUGGCGUUGAUGGUUUGUGUUUUGAUCAAGUUAGGCGCGGUGAGUGGUGUCAGGGGUUCGCUUGUCACUUGGCCAUUGUAAGAUAAUUAUUUCUUUCUUCAAAGUUUGUUUGUUUUCUCUUUUUUUUUUAAGAAAAAUGAAUUUGUGGGCUACAAAGUUUGCGAAUAAAUUGGUGGUUAAUCAAGAUGAAGAGCUUUAAGAGGUGAAGGCCGAGCUCGAAAAAACGAAAGCUGAGCUUGCUUCUAUUAAGGAUAAGGAUGACGGUUCCGAGGAAAUAGCGGCUCUGCGCGGCAAGUAUGAGGCUGAGAAGAAAGUGUCCUCAGAUGCGUUGGAAGAAGUUGAAAAACUCACGGCAAAGAUAGCUUUGGAAGCUGGGCGGGUGAAGAAACGUCAAGCGGCCGACUUGGAACAUUUUAAGAAGGAAAAGGAAGUGGCGGGCAGGAGGUAUCGGAGGGCAGUAAUGAGACAUGAUGAUGUGCUUGCUACUUUCAAUUCUCGUAUGGAAAAGGUGCGGAGGUAUGUGGAAAAUCAGAAAGUUGUUCGCACAGCUAUGCAUGGAGUGAAUCAGAUCAUGGGAGUGCUUGAUGCUGUCAAGACUUGGAAGAAAGAGGCAAUAAUUAUUCCUGAUGGAAAGGUUAAGCAUCUUGAGAAUGAAUUGGUUCGGAGGAAGGAGAAGGCGAACUUGGUUGUUCGUGUUGAGUUUGAACCUAAGGAGCUGGCUGAUAUCCCUUUCUUUGAUUUUACUCGUCCACUCUCUCAUGUUCAUCCAUCUCUGACUGCGGGGGUUGAAGAUGCUGCUAAGGCAAGAGGGAAGGAGGAAAAUCGUCGUCGUGAGGAAGCAAGUCGUCGUCGUGUGGCUGAUCGUGCUGGUGCUGCGUCUUCGGCUGUGAGGCGUGAGGGUCAGGUUCCUUCGCACCCGUAGUUUGGUUCGUGUGAUCGUCGAGGCUCUACCUGGCUGCUGCUAUCUUUUAUUUUGCUACUUUUUUUUUUAGACUUUGGUUGUUAUGAUUUGAUCAUGUUGAUCUCUUUCGGAUAUGGAUGGUAGUCUUCUUGUUGGUUUUUGUUGUUAUGAUCGAUCAUGUUGGACUUCUUUUAUAUGAUGCUUGAAUUCUUCAUGUUUGUUUUUA